UUCGCCACACACUUCAGACGAGACGACCCGGUUCUUCGCUUUGCUCCCGUUAAACCCUACCCCCGCAUCGCCGCGACCACCAGUUCACCCUCGCCAACACCGCCGCACACGGGCGCCCGCACGAACCGAGGCCGAGAUGGCGCCCGCGUCCUCCUCCUGGGUCAUCCUGGGCCGCGUGCCACGGGUGACGGCGGCCGACGCAGACCUCCCUCCGGGCGCCGACCUUUCCCUCGCUCUGCCGGCGCCCCCGCGCGUUGCGACCCUCACCAUCCCCCCGCGCAUCUUCCCUGCCCGCACCACCUCCGACAACUUCCCGGCCGUCGUCGCCGUCGACCCCACCGGCCUCCUCCUCCUCCACGCCGACCAGGGCCGCGCCACGGGCCCCACCAUCGUCGACACAGCCGGCAACCAGUCGUUCGGCUGGCGCCCAUUCGUCGCGGGCUACUUCGUCCUUGACGCUACAACCGCCUCCGCCCUUCCGCUCCCAAAGCCCGAGCUCAUCCUGCACUCGGGCCACCUCGGCCUCAUCUCCUCCCCGCGGGGUGGCGGCCACUACAUGGUCGUUGAGCUCCAGCCCAUCCUCGGCGGUCAGGAGGGCACCCUCCUACGCUUCUCGUCCGACGUCGGAGAGUGGGUCAGCAAGGGCAUCCACAUCCCGCUUCCUUUCCGGCAGUUGGCCCCCAACGGUGCGGUCUCGUACUACGGGAGGCUCUGGUGGGUCGACCUCUCCUGGUGCCUCCUCACCUGCGACCCCUUCGAGGACGCGCCGGUGCUGAGGGUCGUCCCGCUACCGCCGGGCAAGGUGCUCAAGUGCAGGGAGGGUUGGGGAUUUCUCGACAAGUACCGCUGCGUGCGUGUCAGCGGCGGCAAGCUGCGGUUCCUGGACAUGUACCGGAACCGUAACAGCCAGGGCGCUGCACAGAUCAGCGUCUGGACGCUCGCCGAUCCGGAGUCCACGGAGUGGACGCUGGAGUACGAGGCCACCUUUGCGGAGAUCUGCAACGACGCGAGCUACAAGGCGACUGGUCUGCCAAAGAAGAUCCCGGUGCUUGGGCUCAUCCAUCCCAUCAACCCUGACGUGGUCUACUUCUUCCUCGACAAGCAUCUGCUCGGUAUCGACAUGCGCGCUCGCAAGGUUGUGGAGUGUGAGGUCUACGAGCUGGUUGCCCCGCCUAGCGAGCACUUGGCUACCCGCUUCGUUCACGCUUGGCAGCUGCCACGGGCUCUCAGCUGCUCAGGUUGAAGCUGAGUGAUCAGCAGUUGGUAAUUGGCGUCGGCUUGGGCAACACUCAUUGGACAAAAUGGAUGAAACUUUUUGCUUGCUUGUUUGUCUUACCACUGUUUCAGUUCAGACAUGGAUUUGUAGUAGUACUGGUCACUUCAGUUUAGCGCUAUAUAUGCAUGAUGUGCCCUGUUGGCUCAGUGUUCCUAGGGGUCAUUGGGUCAGGAAGUAAGGCAGUAAACUCUUGAUCUGUUUCUGUCGUGUUAACUUUGCCUAUCCAUUCCAGCGAUUACCAA